UUCAAGAGUGAGAGAGUUUUUCUGUUAAUUAUUAGAAUUUCAAUUUAGUUUCUCAGAUUGGAAAAAGAUCUAAAGCAAGCAAGAAGGGGAGAGAGAGAGAGAGUACUUGUCUGUUUUUUACGGAGAUUGAGAGCCAAGGCCGUGAGAGCUGAUCAGUCCAAACAAACUAGUAAAGUGAUUUAUGGAGCAAUGCAAAUUUGGGGGAUCUAUAUCGGAAAAAGAGUUGAGUUCUAUUUGUGUUUGUUUCUUUGGAAAAUAUUACAUAGGAUGCCGUCGAGGAUUCCUCGUUAAGUCUCAAUAGAUGCUAGUGCUGAGCUUGUGUCAAGACUAGUGUCGAGAUUCACUUAAUCAGUUUUUCUUCACUUGUUUCUUGGUUCAAUCUUCAUGUUUUUAAUGAUACCACUUGUGAUGUUUGUGCAAAAUACUUUUUGAUACAUUAAAUCCAAUUUAGAUCUAUCUAAUUACAAGUAAAGUGCAUUUUGUUAAAAAAUAUGCCAAUGCAUAGAAAAUAUGACACUAACAAUGAUCUUUUUCAAUCAAGUAUUAGUGAAUUUUGAUGCAAUAUUUAAUUGUUGAUUCUUGCAUCUUAGACCUUGCUUGCAUUGUUUGAUUUUAUAUAUAUCUCAUUUUAUUUAACAAUAAGUAGCGGUUCUAGCUUAGUCAAUAUGCGUUUCAGUUUAAAUCAAUCUAAACAUGAUGUUGGUAAUUAGAUGUAAGUCCAUUUUUAGACCCACUUUUGUCUAUUAACUUCUGGUAUUUCUUUUUGCUGGUUUUACAAGAGGUAGUACUGAAGAUGCAGAAGCUAUUGGUGUAACCUGCAAGGACUGUCAUUGGAUUGAAUGGAUGCAAAGAAAGCUUUGUCAUUGAAUUAUGAAUUUCUAUCCCUAUAGUUUUGCAAGUAUACUUUAAUCUGUUGGAAUGGACCAAGAAGUUAUUAUUUGGAUUUAAGAAAGAAUGGGAGCAGCAGUGGAUCAUGUUUCCCCCAUGAGCAUGAGUGAAGGCUCAGCUGAAGGAAAUGACAAGAGCGAAGGGCAGUGCUUUUCCUGCAAAAACAAGCUGACAGCGCUUGUAGUGGAUAAUGGAGGAGUAUGCCAAGCCAUACAGACUGCAAUCCUACGUUCCUAUGGUGUGGAAACAGAAGCUGUAGAGACUGGGGAGGCUGCAGUGGAGCUCAUUGCCUCUGGAGCAACUUUCAAUCUCAUUAUCAUUGAGAUGCUUCUGCCUUUCAUGAAUGGCCCUGAGACUGCUAAGCAGAUUCGUGCCAUGGGGGGCCAAAGCAAGAUUUUGGGUAUCACUGCAUUUUUUGAUGAAAGGGACCAACAAGAAUUUCUUGCAGCUGGAGCGGACAAGUACAUUGAAAAGCCAUUGUCACCAGAAAUUGUGAUCCCAAUCAUAAGGGAGCUCGACAACUAGAUGUGAAAGCGCACAUCUAAAUAGCUAGAGGACUUAUUGCAAUGCUGAUCACUAUCAUAUCAUAUUGUACCGUUAUCAUUUUCUAUGUUCUUAGUGUGGACUGAUACUCAUUUGUCAUAGGUACUUGAAGUACAUCUAUAGUAUUUGUGGCAAUUGGAGACAUAUAUAUGUCCGUGUGCUUGUCCUUUAAAAUUUAAAUAAA